AUGGAAUUCCAAAACAAAUCUCAAACCGAAUCUAGUUCAGGUUUUCAAAAAAAUGUAUUUACCGAUGAAAGUGAUAGUGAAAAUAAUAACAGUAUACCCUUUGUUACAAACACAUUAGCCAGUGUUAAAAAAAGAAGAAAUAAAAAUAAACCAAGCUUCGUGUGGAAAUAUUUCAAAGUAAUUGAUAAGAAAGAUAUAUGUCAUGUUAUAGUAAAGAAAAAAGGUGAAGAUCAAAUAUGUGGAGCUGAUUAUAUUCAUGACGAGGAAGAGGAUGGUGAAGUUAAUAAUGGUGAUAGUACAGAUUCAGAACAAUUAAAUAUAAACACUACUUCCAAAAUACUUCAUCCGAAUUUAACUUUAAUUGAGGAAGACCUUAAUGAAGAAUAUGAUAGCAGUAGUGAUAGUGAAGACAGUGAAAAUGAAGAA